AUGCUGCCGCAAUUCGCCAUUGCCGGGCACGGCUCGGGGCCGAGCGGAGGGAGGCGGGGGGCAGAGCCGGGGGUCCCGGGGGCACAGGAGCAGCCGCCCCCCCUGCCCGGCAGCCCCCGCAGGCCGAAGCCGCCGUUCUGCCCGAUGCCCGACCGCCGCCGGAGGGGGGCCCCGGGGGCCCGCUCCUGUCUGCUCUGGCUCUUUGUGUUGCUGAAGAAUGCAGAACCUUUCCAAGUUGCUGUCCGAGAAGACAAUUGCAUCAUUGUCUCCCUGGAAGCAUCAGAUGUGGUGAGCUCAUCCUCUGUAUAUGUUGUGAAGAUAGCUGGAGAAUCCAAGAACUACUUUUUCCAGUUCGACGAAUUCAAUAGCACUUUACCUGCCCCUGUGGUUUUUAAUGCCAAAUACCAUGGCCUGUAUUACAUAGUGACUCUGCUGGUAGUGAACUCAAACAUGGUUUCCAAGUCAGCAAGAUCAAUCACUGUGUUAACCAAGCCACUUCCUGUGAGCAAUGUUUCUAUCUAUGAUUAUAAACCAUCUCCAGAAACAGGAGUGUUGUUUGAAAUUCAGUACCCAGAGAAAUACAAUGUUUUCACCAGGGUAAAUAUAAGCUAUUGGGAAGGAAAGGACUACAGAACAAUGCUGUACAAAGAUUUCUUUAAAGGUAAAACAGUUUUCAAUCACUGGCUGCCAGGCAUAUGCUACAGUAACAUCACAUUCCAGUUGGUAUCAGAGGCAACCUUCAACAAGAGCACGCUCGUGGAGUACAGUGGGGUCCAGCAUGAGCCCAAACAGCACAGAACUGUUCCUUACCCACCUCGAAACAUUUCUGUUCAGAUCGUACCAGUCAACAGAAACAACUGGGAAGAGCACAGCGGGAAUUUCGCAGAAGAAUCCUUCAUGGGACCCCAAGAAAUCAUAAGGAAAGUCAGCCAUCCUCCUGCCAGCCUGUCCGAAAUUCCAGCAGCAAACACAUCUGCAGCCUGGCUGGAUGACCCCUCCAACAGCAGCGAGUAUGAAACCACCUCGCAGCCAUCCUGGUGGUCCAGCGAGGCCGAGUCAUCCGAGGGGGAAGAGGAGUUUGUCAAUGCAGUUUCCAGUGAUUAUGAAGGCAGUGAUGCCAGCACAGCUGGCAGACCUACAGCAGAGCCCCCUCCCUUCCUCCCUGUGCAGAUGGUGCUCACCUGGCUGCCCCCAAAGCCCCCUACUGCUUUUGAUGGCUUCCACAUCAGUAUUGAAAGGGAAGAGAACUCUACAGAAUUUUUGACAGUGAGUGAAGACACUCAGAAAUUUAUUGCUGAACUGAAAGAACCAGGAAAAUAUAAGUUGUCUGUAACAACAUUUAGCUCCUCUGGCUCUUGUGAAGUUCGAGGAAGUCAAUCAGCAAAAGCACUUAGCUUUUACAUCAGCCCCACAGGUGAGUGGAUAGAGGAGCUCACUGAGAAGCCCCAACAUGUGACCGUGACAGUGCUGAGCUCCACCACUGCCCUGACAUCCUGGACAGCAUCACACGAGAGCAGUGGCAACAGCACCAUCGUGUCCGUGCUCUCCCUCACCUGCCAGAAGCAAAAGGAAAGUCAAAGGCUUGAGAAGCACUACUGCACUGAGGUGAAUUCAAGCAGCAGUCUCAUUGAAAAUCUUGUUCCUGGUGCCCAGUACCAAGUUGUGGUUUACUUACGGAAAGGACCAUUGGUUGGACCUCCUUCUGAUCCUGUCACAUUUUCCAUUGUGCCCACUGGAAUAAAGGAUCUGACACUUUACCCUUUGGGACCUACUGCUGUGGUUCUGAGCUGGAACAGACCCUUCCUUGGGGUGUUCAGGAAAUAUGUGGUGGAAAUGUUUUACUUCAACCCAUCAACGAUGACCUCAGAGUGGACAACCUACUAUGAAAUAGCAGCAACUGUCUCCUUGACUGCCUCUGUGAGAAUAGCCAACCUGCUGCCUGCUUGGUAUUACAAUUUCAGGGUCACCAUGGUCACCUGGGGAGACCCAGAGCUGAGCUGCUGUGACAGCUCCACCGUCAGCUUCAUCACAGCACCAGUGGCACCCAAAAUUACCUCUGUAGAAUAUUACAACCACCUUUUGUACGUCACCUGGACCUAUGGAGGAGAUGGUCCUGACCUUUCUCAUUCCAGGAUGCUGCACUGGAUGGUUGUUGCAGAAGGAAAGAAAAAAAUCAAGAAGAGCGUAACACGAAAUGUGAUGACUGCAGUGCUGAGCUUGCCUCCGGGGGACAUUUACAACCUUUCAGUGACUGCUUGUACUGAAAGAGGCAGCAAUACUUCCAUGCCCCAACUUGUGAAAUUGGAACCAGCCCCUCCGAAAUCACUGUUUGCUGUCAACAAGACUCAGACUUCUGUGACUCUGCUGUGGGUGGAAGAAGGAGUAGCUGAUUUCUUUGAAGUCUACUGCCAGCAGGCUGGAUCUGGCCAGGAAACAAAAGUCCAGGAACCUGUCACUGUCUCUUCACAUGUUGUGACCAUUUCCAGCCUGAGCCCUGCCACUUCCUACAACUGCAGUGUGACCACCUUCAGCCACAACAGCCCCAGCAUCCCCACUUUCAUCACAGUUUCCACCAUGGUCACUGAGAUGAACCCCAACGUCGUGGUAAUCUCUGUGCUGGCCAUCCUCAGUAUCCUCCUGAUUGGACUGCUGCUGGUCACCCUAGUUGUACUCAGGAGAAAGCACCUACAAAUGGCCAGGGAGUGUGGGGCUGGGACCUUUGUGAAUUUUGCAUCUUUAGAGAGAGAUGGAAAGCUCCCCUAUAACUGGCGUAGAAGUGUAUUUGCUUUCCUAACUCUGCUACCCUCAUGCCUUUGGACUGAUUAUCUUUUGGCAUUUUAUGUUAAUCCUUGGAGUAAAAAUGGACUAAAGAAGAGAAAGCUGACCAACCCUGUCCAGUUGGACGAUUUUGACGGAUACAUCAAGGAUAUGGCCAAAGAUUCAGAUUAUAAAUUUUCUCUGCAGUUUGAGGAGCUAAAACUGAUUGGGCUUGACAUACCCCACUUUGCUGCUGAUCUCCCCAUGAAUCGCUGCAAAAAUCGCUACACAAAUAUCCUGCCAUAUGAUUUUAGUCGUGUCCGGUUGGUUUCAAUGAAUGAAGAAGAAGGAUCUGACUACAUUAAUGCCAACUACAUCCCUGGUUAUAAUUCACCCCAGGAAUACAUUGCCACCCAGGGACCACUGCCAGAAACUAGGAAUGAUUUUUGGAAGAUGGUUCUCCAGCAAAAGUCACAAAUUAUUGUCAUGCUCACUCAGUGCAAUGAGAAAAGACGGGUGAAAUGUGACCAUUACUGGCCUUUUACAGAAGAUCCUGUUGCAUAUGGGGAUAUCACAGUGGAGAUGCUGAGUGAGGAGGAGCACACGGACUGGGUGUACCGCAGCUUCCGAAUCAGCUACGCUGAUGAGGUGCAGGAUGUGAUGCAUUUUAACUACACAGCCUGGCCAGACCACGGUGUCCCCACCACCAACGCUGCUGAGAGCAUCCUCCAGUUUGUACAGAUGGUCAGGCAGAAAUCAGCAAGGACUAAAGGCCCCAUGGUCAUACACUGCAGUGCUGGCGUGGGACGGACGGGAACGUUCAUAGCCCUGGACCGGCUCCUGCAGCACAUCCGUGACCAUGAGUUCGUGGAUGUUUUGGGUCUGGUGUCAGACAUGAGGUCCUACAGAAUGUCCAUGGUGCAGACAGAGGAACAGUACAUUUUUAUUCACCAGUGCGUGCAGCUGAUGUGGCAAAAGAAGAAGCAGCAGUUCUGCAUCAGUGAUGUCAUAUAUGAGAACGUCAGCAAGUCCUAG